GUGAGUCGAAGGCAGUCAUUUCUCUUUGGGGAAUAUUAUUAUAUUUCCCCUAUUUCUAGGCCUUUUUAACCGUAAGGAAUGAUUUUUCUGGUAGUGUAGGGUUAGGAAUUAGGAUAGAUAUCAAAAGUUUUACGUUCUGUAUGUGUUACAAAAACUAAAUCUGUGAAUAAACUGCAUUUAUAAUCUUCAAAAAUGGAUAAUCGUCGUAAACGUGGAGAGGAAAGCUCUGAUGAUUCUCCUAUGUAUUCGAGGCUAUUUAUAGUUUGUGAGAAAGGGCUGACUAAAGAGCAUUUUGAAGAUGCUUUUAACAAAUUUGGUACCAUUGAAGACAUACGAAUGCCGCGAGAUCAUAACACUGGAGAAUCUAAAGGUAUCGCUUACAUUAAGUUCUCUAAAACAUCGGAAGCUGCGAAUGCUAUGGAGGAAAUGAACUUAAAGGUUUUACCGAACUCGAACCGACCCUUGAAGGUUAUGGUUGCGGGUAACCGCUCCGAUAUCCAAACUGAUGAUCAUGAUGAUGAAAAAUAUAGAAGAAUAUUCAUAAAUGUUGCUAAAACUGCUACUGAAGAUAUGCUCCAAGAACAUUUCAGUGAAUUUGGCCAUGUAGAAUCUAUUCUGAUUCAGAGAGAUAGAAACUCCGGAGAGUCUAGAGGUUUUGCUUAUAUCAGAUACAGGAAAUUCUCUGAAGCUGCUUGUGCUUUCGAAAACUGUGAAAGAAAGUAUAGAGCAAUCUUUGCACUUCCAAAGGGCCACAACAAACGUCCCGAAACCAGUUUUGAGUUUAACAUUAACAAUCUAGCUACAUCCUCUGCAAAUAUGCGCACUUCAGUUUUAUCGCUGAUGAAAACUCGGCCUGGGAAUUACACCCGUGUUAAUUUCAUGUGUUCUCCUUAUAUAAACCAAAAGCAAGUAGAGAAGUUAUUUGACAUUAUACCAGGGAUGGUGGUCUGCCAAUUCUAUGUAGAUUUGGUACGUAAUUGCGGUAAGGGCACAGUUUCAUUUACUAAUCCUGUAUCAGCAGCAUAUGCUGUGGAAAAAUUGGACAGAUUUGAGUAUCCUCCAGGAUCACACAUUCUUGUUAGGCCUGACAACACAAAAUUUGAUCCAAAGGACAAUAACUUUACAAAACUGCCAAAUGCAGUAUCUAACUUAAAGAAUGCAAUCUCUGCAACUACUAAUGCAGAUUCCCCUGAUUUAGCUCAAUUGGCUGAAGCUAUAGCAGAAGCUUCCAAACUCAUCAAAAUGGCUACUGCAGGUGUUUCUGAUGAUAUGAUUCCUAAUAGUAAUGAUUUAAACUAUUGCAGUGUAAAGCUUCCUCCUACUCAGCCCCUAGCUGACGUUGAUAGUCCAGUGGCUAAAAGAUGUUUCUUGGUGUGCAAACCUCAACCCCCACCACUGACUAUCUUACGGGAUGUAUUUUGUCGGUUUGGAAACCUGAUCAAUGUUUAUACAUUGCCCAAUAAGACUGUAGGCUAUGCUCGUUAUGCUACUGUUGAGGCUGCAGAUAAUGCAAUGAAAUCUUUGCAUGGAGCAGAGAUUUGUGGUGUUCGCAUGAAAGUUCUCGAGGCAGAAGACGAAGCACCUGCCAAAAGAAUGCGUUAUGAUUGACGUGACAUAAGAUAAAAGAACAGACAGGACAACAACUAACACUCAAGACAUUGGACCCCAGGACAUUUCCAUUUUAGACAUCAAUUUCCCCUUAUAUUGAAUAUAGACUUGUAGAACAGACAAAUAAAACUUAUUUCUUCUGAA